AAAAAAAAAAAAAAAUGACGACAGAACCGAGGAGCCUUGAUUCACUACCGCCGGCGCUCAUCGCCACCAUCAUGACCAAGCUCGACGUCUCCUCCGUCCGCUCCGCCGCUUCCACCUGCACAACCUUCCGCUCCUCCGCCUCUCACAUCCUCUCCUUCCUCCCCACCUUCCACCUCCUCGAUAUUGCGGUUUCAGUGGAUUUGCUGCGGCCUUUGUUGUUGCGACAAAACCCCCAUUUGACGAGCUUGAAGGUCGAUUGCGAUCGGCUCAACGAUUCGGCCAUCGAGAUCUUGCUUUGCCCUUCGCUGCGCGAGCUUUGUCUCUACAAUUGCGCCGAUUUCAACGGCAAAUUGCUCUCCGAGAUCGGCACUCGGUGCCCCGAUCUCAGGUCUCUCUGCUUGGGUUCUGUGGCUGGAAAAAGAGGGCGGUCAGUUCAUAUUUCUGAAUUGGAGGAGUUGCUAAGUGGUUGCACUCAACUAGAAGCACUGGUCCUGAUGUUUGAUGUUUCGUUAUUUCUUCAUCAUAAUUUUGCUCGAGUUUGGGCCUUGGCUUCUGAAAAACUCACUUCUCUUGAGAUUGGCUACAUUUCUUCAGUAACAGUGACUGAGAUGCUGAGCCCAAAUUUGGGAACCCCUCAGUCACCAAAUUGUAUCCGUCCAUCUAUAUUAUCAGGCAUUCAGAAAUUGUGCCUAUCAGUAGACUAUAUAACUGAUGCCAUGGUUGGUAUGAUAUCUAAAGGCCUCACCUCCUUAACCCAUUUGGAUCUUCGUGAUGCACCCCUCAUUGAACCAGUACUCACAUUUGACUUAACAAACGCUGGUCUUCAACAAAUGAAUCAGUACGGGAAAUUGAAACAUCUCUCAUUGGUCCGUCGCCAGGACUUCUGUAUUACCUAUUUUAGACGAGUAAAUGAUCUUGGAAUCCUCUUGAUGGCUGAUAAAUGUGCAAACAUGGAGAGCAUAUAUCUCAGUGGCUUUUGCCGUGUUACAGACACAGGUUUCAAAACAAUGUUGCAUUCAUGCUCUAGAUUAUACCAGCUUAGGGUAUCUCAGGGGACACAGUUAACUGAUCUGGUUUUUCACGACAUCUCUGCAACUUCCCUUACAUUAACACAUGUUAGCCUGAGAUUUUGUAAUCUUCUAACCAAUCAUGCAGUCAUAAAUUUGGUAUCCAACAAGGAUCUAAGAGUUCUCGACCUACGAAAUUGCAAAAACCUUGGGGAUGGAGCACUUCGAGCCAUCAGUACUCUUCCUAAAUUGAAGGUUUUACUGUUGGAUGGUUCUGAUGUAAGUGAUAUGGGAUUGUUAUACUCAAGAGAGGGGCUUAUAGGUUCACUUGUUACAUUGUCUGUUAGAGGUUGCAAGAGACUUACGGAUAAAUGCAUUUCUGCUUUAUUUGAUGGUCCUUGUAAGAUGGUGUUGCGAGAAUUGGACCUAUCAGAGAAUCCUAAUCUUUCUGAUAAUGCAGUUCUGUUACUGGCAAAAAGCCGGGUUCCACUCUUUGAGCUCCGAAUGCGGAAUUGCCAACACAUAGGUGACACUGCUGUCAUGGCGUUAGCCUCUAUGCAGAUUGAUAAGGAAAGAUGGCACGGCAGUAGCUUAAGGUUGUUGGAUCUAUAUGGAUGUGGUGGUAUCACAGCACUUUCAUUCCGUUGGUUAAAGAAGCCAUACUUUCCGAGGUUGAGAUGGUUGGGAGUUACAGGAAGCGUGAAUAGAGAUUUGGUAGAUGCUUUAGCUAGGAGUAGACCAUUUCUGCAUGUGCAAUACCGUGGUGACGAGCUGAGGGCUGAUCAAUGGGAUUGCUCAGAUAGUGCAUACGUGCAUGACUAUGAUGAGGUGCAUAACUAUGACGAGGCAUAUGAUGAACUCGAGCAGUGGCUUCUAGAAGGUGAGAUUGACCAUGAUGAUGAAGAGAUGGGAGAUGCUGAAAAUAAUGCGGAAGUAGUGGAGUAAUAUGCAAGAUAAGAUAUUUCUGUCUAUAUUCAUACAUGCUUCAGAUAUCAUCUUUAGCAAGUGUUCAUAUGUACAGAUGUAAAUAAUUUAUCAUGAACUUGUGGUUAGAGUUUAGAAAUUUUGAUUUCCUGACUCUGACUACAUCAAGCAGUGUUCUCGGGAAAUGGUUCUUUCUGAAUUUCUUAGUGUAAGAUGGAAAGAAAUUGUAUAUCCUUGAUGAUUUUGGGAAUGUAUCAAACAUAUAUGAUGAAAUAAAAAUUAUUUGUACAGAAA